AUGUCCCAGAUUUGUCCGUCAUCCUCGCAUCAAUUGGUCGCCGCCGCGAUGGCAUUUCGUCGAGCUCGACGUAAAUUCCCGAAAAAUUUUGGCCUGUACAGCAACGCGGAGGAAACAGCAAAAUUCGAUAACAUGGAAAACGUCAGCGGAAACGAGGAAGCAAACGAUCAAGAGAACUUGCCGUUUCCACCGAGAAAUUGUUCAAACGCAAGGUCGAGUCGCACGGAAGGAAAGACAUUUUGGAACGACGAGUGCGGCGAGAGUGGCUCGAUCAAGGGGAACUUACUCCAGAAACCGAUAAUCUGCAAUUGUUGUCGUAAACGUAACGAUCAAUGCAACGCUGGAGAUGCGCUCGACAUCGUUCCAAGCAAAGAGCACAAUGGCAUCACGCAGAAAAGCGAAUUCUUUAAAUCGGAGAAAGCUGAAAGCUGUAACGCGAAAGGGAUGAGAAGUUUCAUAACGGAACCUCGGAAUUCUAAUCGCGGUUCAUGUUACUGUUCCCGAAGGCGAAGCCCGAGAGAAACUUCCAAAUUGGAUUCGGUUAAUCUUCUGUAUGGCUGCGAUCAGAAUGAAGUGGACAACGUUAAAAGUAGCGACUCGUCCGAGAAGCGAAAUUGCAAUAGCUCCGUGCACGACUGCAAUGUCGAAAGAAGAGGACACAAAUCAUUCCACCGAAAUUCGCGGUGCACGUUCGCCUCGCAGAAGGAUAACCAUCCAUCGUCGUCUAGUAUUUCGCGAGCCUGUCACAUCCACUGUGCCAAACAUUCGACUCUUGAUCUUCUACAACCUCAUCGAGAUUGCUGUCGUCAGAAUCGUCAUUAUUGCUGCCACUCUCACGAUCAUUGCCAUCAUUGUUGUGACAACGAGUACAGCAACUGCUCAUCAAAGGAAAAACGUCUCGCGUCAGACACGUGCCUCUGCUUCUCAAACACCGCGAACAAUCGCAGGAAUUGCUGCCACAAGGAACACACCACGCGCGAGUCCGUCUGCAAUCACAAUUGUUGCGCGAAGGAUUCAGAAAAGAUUUCGACGGUGCAGGAACAGAACGACGAGGAACUGGACGAUUCCGUGGUCUCGAUCAAUCACAAGGACUCUUUGUGCAUUUUGGUGGAAAAGUACAAGACCAACAAGAAGUGCAAGCACAAGGCUCUCGACGCCUCUGAAUUCCCGUGCGAACGAACUAAAGACGAAUGCGAUAAAUCGUUCACCUCGGAAACCAGUUGUCAACUGGAUGAAACCGUGAAACAGGGAGACAAAUAUUCGAGCGGCAGUAAAUGCCGUUUCCGGGACAAUCGUCGUGUGUCGAUAGGGAAAACGUGCAGACACGGCUGCGGCCCGAUCUUCAGGGAAGAAGAGUGCAAUCAAUUCAAAAACCUGAAGUCUCGUUUAAUAAAGACUGGUACUUGUUGUUCAGCGAAAGGCACACCGUGGAGACACACGUUUUAA